GACCCGAUUUCAUGAUAGAAUCUUUCCUCUAAUUGAAAGCGGAUACGACAUUACCGAAGUUACAACAUGGCGAUGUCCUUGUGUGCCGUUAGACGUCAAGUUCGAUCUUUACGUUUUUACUUUUGUACGCGCAAUCUGAGCUCAGAUGACUCUAUUCCAGAAAGCAAAAAAAAUCAAAGACCUCAUCCAGAGACUCCACAGUUUCCAGAUGAAUACUCUACUGAGCCACUAAAGGGCAAGAUCUAUGAUAAGAAGCCAUUUCGUUUGGAACUGAUGGCUAAUAAAAACUACUUCUGGUGUGUGUGUGGAACUAGCAAAUCCCAGCCUCUGUGUGAUGGCUCUCACAAAAAGCUGUGGGGAACAUCUCAGAAAAAAAAUAUGCCUAAAUGGCAGCCCUUGCGCUUUAAGGUGGAGGAAACCAAGGAAUACUGGUUGUGCAACUGCAAACAGACGGACAAGCAGCCAUUUUGUGAUGGCACACAUAAACAGCCUCAUAUUCAGGCUGCCGUAAAGUGAUGACUACCCUUGUUUAGUAUUUUUAACUUGUCAAAUAGCUCAUGAUCUUCAUUUCAUAUGUUGAUGCAAGUGUUGGACACAUAAUGGAGAUGUUGACAACAUCUGAAUCUUCACCUCAUCUUGUAGUAAUGUUUAUGGAACAGUUUUUUUAGACUACAGCAUAUGGACACUUGUUGACACAUUAGUUAUUUGUCUUGUAGUCAGAAGCAUAUAAUGAUUAAAGCAAAAAAGCAGAAACAAUAAAAGUCCUGUGUUCGUU